ACGCGUUCCAGUCGCUGGGCGUGCGCGCUGCUGACGUGGACGAGGCCGCCCGUGGAAGUACGACGUGGUGGUGAACAGUGACCUGCGGCGCGUGGAGAUGUGGCUGGAGUUCCCCCACUCCUUCUCCUUCCCCGCAGCCCCUGUCUCCAUUGGGGCGGGGAGCGGGUGCUCAUGGAGAUCUCCCGCAAGUUCACGCCGCAGGACAUCGCCGCCCUGGCCAGCAAGUCCGCCAUGCUCAUGCACGCCGCGUGGCGCUCGCCGCUCUACGGCAUGCAGCUGCUGCUGCCGCAGACCCACGCACUGCUCGAGAGCUGGCGCGACGCCGACACUUUCUUUCAGUCAGUGCCCGAUUGGAGCGCCAAGCCAAUUGAUUUCCGGCACCCUUUCUGCUUCUACUAUGGCCACCUGCCAUCCUUCGCCAUUCUCAAGCUCCUCCCUGCUCGCACGCCCUCCUCUCUCGACGUCAUGUUUUCCCGCGGCAUCGACCCGCUCCUCCUGGACCCCUCCAAGUGCCACUCCCACCCCGCCGUGCCCCCCGCUUGGCCCUCCCGGGCUGAGAUCGAGGCGUAUGCGAGGGACGUGCGGAGGGAGAUUUUGGACGCAAUGCAGGAGGAGGAGGGGGGGGCGGUGUGCAGUGACGGCGCGGCAGGUGGCCCUAGCAGUGGAGCAUGAUCGCAUGCACAUUGAGACCCUCUCCUACAUGCAGCUCCAGGCGGACAAGCAGGCAUUUCUCGAUUCUCCGCACCCAGACUCCCCGCCGGCAUCCGAUGCGGACCUCCCUUCCCCGUCGUCUAUAGCCACUGAGCCCUCCUCUCUCCACCCCAACUCGCCGUUUAUUCUCGACUCUCCGCACCCUUCUGCUGCGCACAAGCUCAACUCGGCAGCACUCAGGGAGUCGCUGGCAGGGGAUCUGGAUGUGCUGAUACCAGCGGGGCCGGUGGGCUAUGGGGACGGACGUGAGUGGGAGAAGGAUGGCUUCGUGUGGGACAACGAGGGGCCUGCGACGGUUUCUUUGGUGCCUCGGGAUUUCGUCGUGUCAUCCAAGCCUGUUUCGGUUGCACAGUUCCAUUCCUUU